GCAAUGAAAGCAGAAAAAAAAAACACCUAUGAUUGGACUUCAUUUCAUUAUCGAAAUCAAAAUAGAAAAGUAUGAUCCAAAUUAUGAGUCUACUUAGGAGGUAAUAAAAAGCAAUUCAAGAAAUCCAUUAAAUGAGUUUUAUCCAUCAGUUACAAGAAAACCAGCGACUGUUAAUUCGCGAAGAGGGCAAGAUAAAGUCUUAUGAGUCUUCUGUAGAUUUACGAUCAUGGAGUCACGACACGGAGAGACGAAGUCGGUAUCUUCAGGAUUGGAUGAAAUCUGAAAUGCCAAUCCGUGUUGUUCCAGGGCACAAAUUGGCUAUAUUUUUAAAUACUAUGACUUGUAAGAGUCGUAGAAAGGUGACACCUAAAUGUCAUCCAGACUGUAAAUCGAAAUUAGUUUUGGAGACUUUAUGCAACUCUUGCAGCGCAAUGGAAGAGUGUUUGAAAAACGAUAACAACUUCAGUGCUUUUUUUCAGGAGGAAGAAUUUGAAACUUGUUAUUGGCCUUGUGAUAGAUGCUUAGAGGUAUUGAAAAACAUAAAGAUGUUUUGGAAGAUAAUCUUGGAAAAAGUAUUCAAUAUAAAAAUUCCCAAAGGCGAAGAUUUCGGCGAUAACUCUCACAAAGUUCACCGAGUAAACACCGUCCACUCUGUUGCCAAAAUGUGGGAGAAGGAAAUAAUAGAGCAGGCCAUGUUUGUUAACAAAAUUAUGCCCAUACUGAGCAAGAAUUCACGAUUGACGACGAAAAAAUUGGAACCUAUGGCUUUAUCACCAUCAAAAGAAAUACAAACCGUUGUUGGUGAUAUUGUAACAUUAAAGAGUGCACCUAAAAGUUCACUCCCAAAAAAAAUCAAUCCGCGUAGAAAGUCAAGAAGCACCUCCGUGAAAAUUAAGAUGGUUGAUAACGAAACAAACACAAGUGAAAAAGACAAUGAGGACGUCGAAAUUUACAAACAUAAUAUAGAAUAUUUACAGAGAAAAUUCAAUCGCCAAGAAAAUGAAAUGGCGGACUUGAAAAGGGAAAACAAUUCGCUGAAGUUGGAAUUGGAAAAUUUCUAUGAAAAUUGUUCAUGGAAAUUGCCUAUUAGUAGAUCUAUAAAAUGUAAAGCAGACUAUAUAGGAACUAUUGACUCUAACACGGCUUUGCCGAAACCCUUCGAAUGUUGCACUGAGGAAAUCAACCAAAAUUCCGACACUAGAGGAAUAGACUCUGAAAUGAUAAUCACCAUGCGGAAUUGUAAAAAUCAGAAUUUUAAACAUAUUUCGUUAUUGCAAGUUCUACACAAAACGAAUGAGUCCGUUGGCCUUCUGGAUGAUAUAGCGGAGCCUUGUCACACCAAGCAAAAUCCUGUAGAGUUAUUAACUAAAGUUCGUAAUGCUUUUGGUGAGUUGGUUCAAAGAGAAUUAAACGUCGCAUUAAAAGUGAAGACUACUCCAAAGAAAUCUGAAAUUACUGCGAGCUUUUGCAGAGUGAAUAUAAGUAAAUCCGAGCCGUCGUGUAGCACGCUGGAUUUCACCAGAGUAACUGCGAGUAGUUCUGAAUCACAAUUUGUUAGUUUGUAAUAUUAUAUAAGCAUCAAAAUUAAUCUUAGUUUUGUUUAUUACAUUUUUUUUGAAAGUUACAUGUAUUUUAUGAAAAUAUAUACCCUACGUAACGUAAAAAUUGAAGUUUUAAUUUCUU